AUGGCUCAGAACCAAGCUGUCAAGACGAUCGAGGCCGGCGUGGCCAAGGUUGUCGACGCACCAGUCCCCAAGCUUCCCGCCGACGACUACAUCCUGGUCAAGACGACCGCGGUGGCCAUCAACCCCACCGACUGGAAGCACGUCGACCUCGCGGACAAGGCGGGCUGCGUCGGCAUCUGGGUCGGCUGCGACUACGCCGGUAUCGUGGAGGAGGUCGGAUCCGGAGUGACCAAGGAUUUCAAGAAGGGCGACCGUAUCUGCGGACCCGUCAACGGAUCCAAUGCUCUGCGGGAGAUUGACGGCGCUUUCGCCAAGUACAUUGCCGUCAAGGGCGACCUCCAGAUCAAGACUCCCGACAACAUCACCGACGAGGAGGCUGCCACCCUCGGUAUUGCCGUCACCACUGUCGGCCAAGGUCUCUACCAGACCCUCAAGCUCCCGCUGCCCAGCUCCCCCGCAAAGGAACCCAAGACCAUCCUCAUCUACGGCGGCAGCACGGCCAUGGGCAUCUCCGGCAUCCAGUACGCCAAGCUGUCGGGCUACGACGUCAUCACUACCGCCUCCCCGCACAACUUCGACUACCUCAAGGAGCUCGGCGCCUCCGCCGUCUUCGACUACAAGUCGCCCACCGUGUCCGAGGACAUCCGCAAGCACACCGGCGACGCGCUCACGCUCGCCUGGGACUGCCAGUCGACCGACGAGUCCGCGGCGAUCGUUGCCAGGGCCCUGUCGUCCUCGAAGCCGUCCCUCGUCGGCACGCUGCUGCCCGUCGACAAGAAGAAGGUGCAGGAGGUCAACCCCAACGCUGACGUGCAGAUGAGCCUGUACUACACCGUUUUCGGCGAGGAGUUUGGCUACUUUGGAAAGAGGGACGCCGUGCCGGAGAACUACGAGUUUGGCAAGCGCUUCUGGGAGCUGAGCAGGGAGCUGCUUGCCGCGGGCAAGCUGAAGCCCAUCCGCGUCAUCAAGAACCGCGGCGGCAGUGGACUCGACGGCGUCAUUGUCGGGCUGAAGGAGUUGAAGGAGGGCAAGGUCAGUGCGGGCAAGCUUGUUUAUACCAUUUGA